AUGGACUGGAAGGAAGUUGCUAUAAACAAGAGUCUCGCAGCUCGCUGCAGUAGCUCAGGUAACGAGGAUAUAAGCGGCCAUUACAUGUCUAUUGAACAUCUCUUACCUUACCGUGAUCAGCUGAUUGCACUGGACGUCAAGUGAAACGCGACGUAGACCACGUACCUCAAACGAUGUACCUCAAGCAAAACUUUUAGCAGUGCUGGUAGGGUGGUCGAUGUAAAACACUCCAAAUCUGCAACUCGUAAACGACGUCUAUUCUCAAGACAAACUUCGUACGGAGUUCGAUUUCCAAAAGCACAUGGUCUGAUGUUUCACUUCCCGGCAAUCCUUACGAUACUCGGUUACGCUCACGUAACGCAUCGCUAUGUCACGCGUCACAUACUUAUCUCAAAGAAAAAUUUAGCAAAUUACAAGAUAUUAAGUAGUCACAUUUUUUUUUUUUUUUUUUACAAGGCAAUUUUUUUUUUUACAAUACAAAUGAGCCGAAUCAUGUACAGCUAAUAUUGAAUUCAGUAGGAUCAGCUCAGCUCAAACUUGGCACGGAAAACACAUAUCCCGGAUACAUAUAUAUUUAUAAGACAUUACACGUAUUAGGUUAAAAGUAAGAUUUCGAUCGUUGCCAUGUCGUUAUGGAUGAUUGAAAACAAGCCUAUAAUUUUGAAUUUAUUAAUUUAAUAAAUUUGCACGCAGCUUUCAACGGGUAACCCUCAUUAAAAAGAAAGAAAGAAAGAAAGAAAACUUAACCAAAUUGUCGCAAACCGUUUUUGCAAUUUUAAGAAAAUAGCUUUUCAUUUUUGAGGUUUUUUUAAAAUGACUGAAGUAGGAUUUGAUCGUUAAAAGGGCUUUUUAAGACAGAAUACGUCAAUUAAAAAUUCUUACGUUAACCGGCGGAACGUCGUCCACUGCAUUGCAUUUUUUACAACCAGUUUUCGUUUCCACAGUUUCCAGCGUCUUUCUCUUGAUAUCAAGAAAUCAAAAAAACUUUCCUUCAUUUUGUAAGUAUCGAUUCGGUGCCCUAAAAUCAUUCUCAAAUACCCUUCAGUUUAAAUACUUCAUCAUCAGUGCAGUGUGAUUUUCUGGACGGCAAUCUGUUUAAGAUUGUCAUGGGGUUUUUAAGACCACAAGUCCUUUGCAGAAUAUUAAUUGCAGUUGUAAUGAGUUAUGGGUUUCUUAUGUCCAUCAUGAGAAUUUCCGAAUGUAAUUUGACUUUUCCAUUGAUGAAGGAGCCUCGGUAAGUACACUUUGUUUUUAUAAGAAUGUUGCCUUUUUUCUAGCCCAGGCUAAAUAUUCUUAUUUUUUGCCGAUUUUAGGAUGAAAAAGUAUUCUUGUAUUAUUCUUGAACUAUAUCUUAUGACUUUUCGGUUUUAGAAUAUCAUUGGGGCAUCAAUCAGUGCAAUUUUAUUUGGUGUUGGCUAGUUUUGUCGUUUAGAGAGAAGGAUAAUUUUAUACGGUUAAUUAAAAAGUUAACUGAGAGCAAACAGGUUUUCAACGCACAAAGUUUUACCCUUUUCAAUUUCGUAGUUCUCAGCCUCGAUAUUCGCAUAGAAUUUAUAGCAAUUUCCCGGAUACUGGGCUGGGAAACACGAAUAUCUUUUCAGGAAACUUUUCACUAGUAUGAACUAUGAUAUUACAUAUUUCAACGGACAUUUUCACGGCUUUUUCGUACAAAUGGACAGAAUAGGAACGUUAUUAGGAGCGUUUACAACUUGCAAGGAAACACCUGUCCAAAUGAAACCGACUGUUAAAUCAUUAGUAUGUUGCGUAAUUUAAACAACAAUUCACGGUUUACAAUAUUGGAUACCCCAGUCCGCAUAUACGUAGCUGUUAAGCUAAUCUAGGCAGGACAAGUCGAGACAAAAGCAAAGUUGAACAUUUAUUUCUAAAAAAAAGAAACUGAGAAAUACUACUACAAGUAGAAAGAAACGCUGAAGUUUUUAACCAUAUUGAAAAAAUUAUUUAGCGAUGUUUCUGUUAGGCCUGCUACUGUCUCAGGUUAAGCUGGCUCGCCUGUAGCUCGACUUGAGCACGACACUAGCACGCUGACUUGGUUUUAGACGUUGAAUUUAAUUCAGUCGAAUAGAACGGCUGUCGCCGAAAACAAAGCACACACACACACAAAAACGGUUAAGCAAACUUUUAAAUGUAUUGUAAUGUAUUUAUAAUUUAUGAAUUGUGUUCGGCACGGCAGUAGCGCGACGUUUGAAACCAAGUCGAGCUACUGCAUAGCACGACUUGGUUUCAAACGUCGCGUUACCGCGUGCUAAAGUUUAAUUCGAUAUAAAUUUAGUUCGGCUCGGAAGUAGCACGACAUUUGAAAAAGGCCUUACUCAUGAAUUAAUGGCUGAAAUUGAAUAAUAAUUACAGUAAAAUGAAAACAAUACGGUAACAAUAAACAUUCUAAGCUACAAAGAUUCUAAGCAACAAAGUAUCAUAUUAAUUACAAAUUAAUUGAAAAUGUCUUAGGCUCAGAUUUAAUAUACAGAUUUAGCCAGGGCUAAAAACGAAACUCUCGCUAACAAGAUACUUCCGAAAAAAAAAAAAAAAAAGAAUGGUGUAAUGUGAUAAACGGCGACGGGAACAAAAUCAAUAAAUCUAAGUAGCAAAAAAACAAAUUUGCACGUGCAACACACUUUUUUGCCGCUGUUUUGCACGACUACAAUGCCUGUGGUGUGGACGGACAGGCGGGCGGACAUACGGUCUACCAAAAUUUCUCGGAUGCCUAGGUAACCAAAUUUUCUUACCCAUGGUGUUCCACGAACGCGAGAGUUCCGCUAAAACUAAUUUACAAUAUAGAAUUACAAGCAACUGAAAAAGAUUAACUAGAAGAGCACUACGUUCUCGAGGGAAUAUACGUCGAUUAAAGUUCACAUAAAUAAAUAGGUGCCAUGUCAACAAGCAAAAUUUUAAAGUCAAUUCGCCCUGUUACUGUCCACGGUUGGCGGGUGGGGCAAUAAACAGUAUGGUUGUAAUCCCGUCAUAUUGCCUGAUAUAUCAUGAGACCCGCGGCUAUUUUAAAUGGGGGAAUGGGGAAUGGUGGAAUGGGGAACGACGAACGAGGAACGAGGAACGAAGAACAGGGAACGGGGAAUCUUUAUAAUGGAGAGGGAAAUCUUUAAAUUGCUACUGAGUAAAAUGUCUGAAUCUGGUUUUGUGAAAGACAACAAAAUAACCAUUCAGUUUAAAUGACUGUUUUUUUUUCCCUUUUUUAGUCAUAGACUUAAACAAGAAAGGUUUAAUGAUAGUGAGGGAAACACAGUCACAAGUUCAUACGACUUCACCGGCAACCAGGCACAAGAGAAAACUUCAGUCCCAUGCAAGCCGGUAAACAAUAAUUUAUUUUUGAAGGUAUACAAAACGGGCUCAAGCACAGUGACUAACAUUUUUAACCGAUAUGGCGAUAAAAGAGAUCUGAUAUUUGCUUUGCCGACGGAAGACAGCUUUCACUGGCCUCUUCGAUUCGAAGUAAGUUACGCAACUACAUUUGGUGAGGCGCCUAAUAUUCUGUGCAAUCACGCAAGGUAUAAUAGGGCUCCAAUGCACUUCCUUUUUCCCAAGGAAACAACUCGCUACAUCACAAUGUUGAGAGAUCCACCCGCACAAUUAGAAUCUGUUUUCAAUUAUUAUGAUAUAUAUAGAAAGACUUUUCAGCCACAAAGCUCCACCAUGACACCACUGGAGAGCUUUUUCCAAAAUAUCACUUUUUAUCGGUCUAGUCGAGUACUAGAUGGUUUGGGGGUUGACUUAAACUUAUUGAAAAAUCCAUCUCUAUUUGACCUUGGACUUGAUAAAGAAUACCACGAAAACUUGACUAUGGUACAGGAUUACAUCCGUUUUCUGCAGCAAGAGUUUGAUCUUGUGAUGCUCAUGGAAUACUUUGACGAGUCGUUAGUUCUGCUAAAACGACAAUUGUGCUGGAAAAUGGAGGACAUUCUUUUCUUUAAACUUAAUGAACGGGUGCAAAAGGAAAAGCAACAUAUCUCGAAUCAGGUGAGAGAGCAGAUUAAAAAGUGGAAUUCAGCCGACGUGCUGCUAUACGACGCGUUCAAUCAAACGCUGUGGCAGAAGAUAAUGAAGGAAGGUCCAGAUUUCUUCGUAGAUCUUUCGAUUUUCAAGAAAGAAAAAGAGGCCAUGAAAAACAAAUGUUUACGAAAAGGGAAAUUCCUUACGAAACUAUGGCUUCGGAAAAAAGUUCAAGGUUAUAAAUUAAAAACAAACAUUUCAAAAGAACUUAAUACAACGUGCACGAAAAUGACAAUGAAUGAGUUAAAAUAUUUGAGUUAUCUCCAAAGAAAACUAACCAAACAGCUUCAAGAUGACGAUGACAAUCGUAUUGUGCUUUGCCUGCUAUUAUUUUCGCUGAUUUUAUGUAUUUUGCUUCUUAUAAUUUCUUGUUGUGGUUUCCCGGCGAAGAAGCAUUUGCUUUUUAAUGGCAAACUUGACCUGCCGAAUAGGUCGAAUAGGCUUUUGUCGAUUGUGCUAGCAUAAUUUUAAGCAUAAUUUGGUAAAACGAGCAUAAUUUUUACCUUUUUUUGUAAAGAAAAGUACUGCUAGCAUAAUCUUUUGUUUUCCUUCCACGUUGUGAAACAUUGUCAUGAUUUUGUACUAAACAUAUUUCUACUUACUGAAUUGUGUUUCUAGAAAGCUUCUUGAGGAAAGACGACUUGUUCUAAGUCGCAAGUUUAUCUCUGCAUGGGCGUUGCGUACUGUUAGUGUACCGUAUAAUCUUAGAUCUAGCCAGGAAACGUUUACACCCUUACAUUAAAACCAAAACAGUGAAUUGUUUUAUUACUUUUAAAUUUUUAGAUUAGUUUCAUUGCAUUUUAUAUGUAUUAUAGUAUCACUGUUGUUAAUUUUAUCACUUGACAAUUCAGUCUUUACUGCAAAGAGUGGAAUAAACGAUCUUUGUUUGUUUGUUUGUCUGUUCGGUCGUUGUCAUGUUCUUUGAUUUCAGGCCCCAUUCGUAUGACUCGGUAG